UGGAAAAAAAAAAGAUGCUGGUGCUGAGAAAAAAAUACUAUGUGGACACAGACCCUAACGUUUAUGUUUAGGCACAAAAACCACUUGGUUAUUAUGGUUAAGAGAAAAGAUCAUAUUUAGUGUUAAAAUACCCGGUGAUGGGUCGCCACAAAACACCUGAAAUUGGAGCCUAAAAGUCGAUGGAAACACAGCAAUGACUCACUAAAACACAACUGGAUUUCUUGUUUGUUGGUCUCAAACAGUACUCUACACUACAUCUCGCCUAAAAAUAUACAGUUACUGUCUACCGGCGGUCCUCUGAGACCAACAUGCCAAGCAGCAGACACCGCCAUGAUUAAACCAGGUACACAGAGCUGCAGAGAGCUGGUGGUGAAGAAACAGAGAAAAAGAGGACUCCAACGUCACCGCUGUCAGCACUGUGACAAAUCCUUCACAUCACCUGGUGCUUUGAAGGUUCAUCAGAGAGUUCACACUGGAGAGAAACCGUACAGCUGUGACCACUGUGAGAAAUCUUUCACCACAUCAGGUUCCCUAAACAACCACCGACGUGUUCACACUGGAGAGAAACCGUACAGCUGUGACCAGUGUGUGGCAGCUUUUACACAGUUAAAUCACUUAAAGAGCCAUCGACGCAUUCACACAGGAGAAAAACCAUAUAGCUGUGAUGAAUGUGGGAAAGCUUUCAGCACUCGGGAUAGAUUGAAAAACCAUCAACGCACUCACUCUGGAGAGAAACCGUACAGCUGUGACCAAUGUGGAGCAGCAUUCUCAAAGUUAAGUAAUUUAAAAGGCCAUCAACGCAUUCACACAGGAGAUAACAGCUGUGAACAAUGUGGGAAAGGUUUCACCACCCUUAAGGACCUAAAAAUCCACCAGCGAAGUCACACAGGAGAGAAACCACACAGCUGUGAUCAAUGUGGGAAAUCUUUUGCAAGAUCUGGGGACCUCAUAAACCAUCAACGUGUUCACUCUGGAGAGAAACCUUACAGCUGUGACCAAUGUGGAAAAGUUCUGCGUACAUCAACUCAUCUGAAAAUCCACCAGCGGACUCAUACUGGAGAGAAACCAUACAGUUGUGAUCAGUGUGAAAAAGCUUUCAUCACACAGAGUCACUUAGUCAUACAUCGCCGCAUUCAUACUGGUUACAAACCUUCCUGGUGUGAGCUGUGCGGGAAAACUUUCAGCUCACAGAGCAACUUGAAAACCCACCAGCGCAUUCACACGGGAGAGAAACCAUACUGGUGUGAACAAUGUGGGAAAAUUUUCACCAGAUCAGGCGACCUCAAAAUCCAUCAACGAAGUCACACUGGAGAGAAACCGUACAGCUGUGACCAGUGUGGGGCAGCUUUCAGCACUCCCUGUAAUCUAAAAACCCAUCAGCGCUGUCACACUGGAGAGAAACCGUACAAGUGCGACCUGUGUGAGAGAUCUUUCACACAGUUAAGUAACUUAAAAAGUCAUCAACGCAUGCAUAAUGGAGAGAGGCCGUACUGGUGUGACCAAUGUGGGAGAACUUUUUAUCAUGGUAGUCACCUCAUAAAACACCAACGCCGUCACUCUGAAUCGUCUGAUCAGUCUUCAAAGCCCUCGGCGUUUCCUCCUGCCUCCUCAACCUCUGAUAUCUGUGUUGUAAUAAUCUGAGCUUCUACACUGCAAGGUGAAUAAAAUGGUGCGAUUGUUCUGACAGUGCAACCAUGUGAGAGAGUCCCGCUGGGAUGUUUCUGGAUGUUCCUAUUGAGUUAUCACAGUCUGUCCUGUUCUAAAGUUGGAGAACUGUAAUCAUGUACUCAUCAGCCUGAAGUGUCCUCUCUGUGGUGGAGCAGGUCCGGGUAUAAGGAGUGGACAAUGAAAACCCUGACUGACUGAAGACCAGAAACUUUUCAUAAAAUAAUCUCAGCUCAAUUUAUACUUACUGGCUUUCCCUGGAGCUUGUCGGGUCUUCUUAACUGUUGACUCAUCUUGGACCACUAGAGACUUCCCAGAGAGACUCCCUACAGUGAGGAUCGACCACAAACCUUUCAGACUCUUAAAGGAAAAUUCUGGCGAAAUUCAAUGUGAUAUAUUCACUUUAAAGUGAGAGUCUUUCUCCAUGGGAUAUUUCAAAAUAGCAGCUUUGUGCAUUUAGUCCUUCUCAGGCAAGCUCAGGGGUUUAGUGUUGCUGUAGCCCACAGGAAGUGAGGAUUAGAAUAUAUGACCUUCACAUAAUCCGCUCCAAAUGAAUCUAUAUUUUUAAAGUCAUUACUAAAAGUGUGUGUCAUAUAAAAACUAAAGUAAUGGUCAAAGUUGUCAGAGUGAAAUUUAAGGUGUGCUGAUGGAUUCACGUCAUCAACUCAUGCAUUGAGUAACAUUACAAGUUAACGUUCCACCUUAAAAGUUGCCGGCAGUUGGCCCAGUGAAUGAAGUUAUUUUUUUCUCCUUCAUUUUAUAGUUGUAGUUUACUGAUGUGUAGGCCUGUCGCGAUAUGCAAUAAGUCGGUUAAUUGCAUGGUAAAUUAAAAGGGAGACGGUAACUUUUCCGGCUGCGAUUAAUUGCCAUAUUCCUGCGUGUUUGUUUUUCUCGUCUCUCUCCAUCAAAGAAACUGGACGACAAGAGCGUUCACUGCUGUGCAUCGUCUGGCAGCCAGGUGAGUUCAUUCAUUAACGUAAUGAACGAAGGGAAAGCUCUUGUCAUCGAGUGUCUUUGUCUCUGUGGGGGAGGCGGUGCUAUGGGCCACACACACACACACACACACACACACACAGUGUGUGUCCUUGAGGGGGAGACGAGGUGGAGAAAAAGAAAAAAAAAACAGUUGUGCGUAAAAGAAAGACAGGGAACUUGUUCCUAAACCAAACGCCACGGCCCCUGUGUGGGAGUGUUUUGGAUUUAAACCAAAUGACAGAGGGCAUCCUAGUAAUGUGGACGAGCCGGUGUGCCGGGAUUGUUCUAAAACCAUCUCUACAAAAAGAGUGAAUAUGACCAACUUAACUGCACACCUGAGAGAAACUGACAGUCUAUUUUUUUGUAUUUAUUUAUUAAUUUAGGUAUUUUUACGUGUUAUUUCAGAUAUUUAAAUUUUCUUUUUUGCAUUCCUAAAUAUUUUUGUUAAAUAAAUGUGUAUUUCUCUUUUAAAGGGUACACUUGCAUCAAUAUGCCUUUAUUAUCAUUAUAUAAGUUUAAAAAAUGUUCUAAAAACAGCAAAAUUGCAACAAUAAUAAAAAUGGUCUUAAAAGCACAACAUUACGCAAUGUUAUCGCUUAUCACAAUAGUUUCUGACGCAAUUAAUCGCCCAGCAACAUUUGUUAUUGUGACAGGCCUACUGAUAUAUGAACAGAGGUUACAUAAAACCAGAGUGAGCGUCCUCUACUGACCAAUCAGACUGCAGGGUUUCUAGCUCCACCUUUUAGUACCAGAUCUGUGUGCUAGGUACCCCAACAGAGGGGGGACCAAACAUGGGGACGCUAAGGAACGCUUCUGUUGGUACCAUCCACAACUUUCACUGUGGAGACAGGAACAAUGAGCUGAACCGGACUGCUUGGUGGAACCUGGGCUAAUCAUCCUGUGUUCCUGUCUCCUGGUAGAACCUGCAGGUUGUAAUGGACACCAAAGUCUUCUGAGCUCUGAGCAUCAUCAACAAGUUAAAUAGCAGAUUAAUAUGAUGUAUGUUAUCAUGUGUAACAUAUUUGAUGUCUUAUCCAGUGUCUUGCAUGUGUCCUGUGUUUGUCCACAUGUAGAAGACAGCUGAGUUUUUCUUGCUGAGCUCCACCUGUAUAAAGAUGGAGGCUCAGCAGGGUGCAGCUCUUCUUCUUUUUGACUCUUGUUGGAGGUACAGAGACAGAAGUUGAGUUGAAGCCUGUUUGUUUGUGUGUGGAGGAUUGUAAUGUCCAUAUCAUCAGAUGAGUUCAGCCUUUAAUAAAAAUAGUUUGUAGACUCUGCAG